AUGGAGUACAACAUCCCUCCUACCAGCAACCAUACCUCAUCAACAGCGUCAUCUUCGAAGGCGAAAAAAAAGAGCGGGAAGAAAAGCAAGGGAGGAGUGAAGCUUUCCACUGAUCCACAGAGCGUGGCGGCUCGAGAACGAAGGCAUCGAAUCAGCGAUCGGUUCAAGAUCUUGCAGAGCAUGGUCCCUGGUGGGAGUAAGAUGGACACAGUGUCCAUGUUGGAGGAAGCGAUCCAUUACGUGAAAUUUCUGAAAACUCAGAUAUGGCUCCACCAAACCAUGAUCAGCUCUGUUGACGAUGACCUUCCACUUCCCAACCAUGAACAGUUCACUUCGUUUCAACAAAACCCAUCAUCUUCUUCUUCCGUGGGUUCUGUGCAGAAUUUGACACAGAUACCACUGGAACAGUAUUGCUGCUUCCAAAAUGAAGCGGCAACAACAAUAUUGAACGCCGAUAUGAACUAUUGGCCAGCGUAG